AUGCUCUGGCUUCGAAAGCCCCUUGGGUAUGAUCCCAAGGACUUCCCCAACUACAAACUUUACCAGGAUCACGAGACUGGCUUCCAGCGACUUUUGAAGCAGUGGCCUGCCAUCUUUGCCUUUAUCGCGUGGUCUUUCACCUUUUUGGCUUCCAUCCUCAUCAUCCUCAGCGAGUGGUUCUGCAUGAUCGUUCGUGAUCCUCUUCACUACAACAAGGCGAAUGACUGGAUCAUCGAGCAGUAUCAGGCAUGCCCUACUGUGUUCCAGAUGAGCUAUGGAGCUCUCAUCACUUUCUGGUUCUUUCACGCUUGCUACCGUAUCGGUCUUGUGAUCUGCGAUGUUCUUGUUGAUGCCUACAACGAUCCUGUGUGGGCUGCCCAUCGGGUCUUGGCUACCUCAUACUACAUCGAGCAUCUCUUCUUCCGCGGCUGCACUUUCAUCACUUGUGCCAUCUUUAACUUCGCUUGCUCUUUCAUUGUCCUGAUCUACAACAUGUCGGUCCACUCCCUCAGCGGAGUGAUAGUCUUGCUCAUUGCGGUUGCUCUCUUUCAGCUACACUAUUACUUCUUCGUCUACGACACCAAGGUCACCAAGCAACCCCCUAAGCCGCUCAAAGGCAUCCUCAGACAUUUAUCAUCGGACACAACACAGUCCCCAAAGACCAAUAUGGGACGCUACCAAGUAUCUACACCUCCCACGGGAUCUUCGCUCCAGAGAAUCCCAUUCAACCCACCAUGGCGAAGUAGCCCCGGACGCUGCUUCCGGGCCCCUACACCCUCGACUACAUCCUCUUCCAGCUCAUCAUCUACUGACCUGACUCCUUGUCGACGACGACCUAGCCCCAAAUCCAACAAGCCUCCUGGAGCCUCAUAUGUCGCAGUGUCACCUAAAUCUGCAGAGAAGCUCCGUGCUGAUGGCGUCGGAGUCCCAGAGCCCACCAGAGAGACAAAGUACUCCUUCACCUCACCUGGCAGCAACGAACGUAAUGCCUACAUCCGGCGACGAAUGCAGCUCCGCUUCCAACCCCGCUCUCCUAAGUCCAAGGAAGUCGAGGAGCACAAGGCCGAGGCCGAGGAUGAGGCUAAGUUUAUCCAAUCUAUCGUCCCUACCAAAACCCAGUGGGUUUACUCCGCUCUUGAUGCCAUCGAGCGACGAAUCUCAAACAUCACGGCCGAAGUCACAGAGCUCCGCACACAGGUCGGCUCUUUCAAAGAAGCCGGCAUCGUCCAACCUAUCCCCGAGCCCUCAGAUGAGCCAUCCGAUGACCCAUCAGUGUCACCCCGAACCCAGAAGCGCGAUGCCACUCUGACUGAGAGAGAGCGCAUCAAGGCCGCCAUGACCCAUUACAUACCUGCCAUCGAGAAUGCUGCAGUGGCCAUCCUGAAGCGACAGCAUGGAGUCGAGGAGCUGCUGGCCCGAAUUGAAAACCUGAUUAACAAAGCGGCCAAAUCAGGAUGCGCCAUCUCCCGCGCUAUGUCAGGAGAAGCGGACGACUACAGAAUCAAGAUCAAGAACAUCUUCGGCGAUGCCAGACAGGCACUGAUCAAAGCCCGAUCCAUCGAGGAGCUUUGCGAAGACCGCCGUGUGAAGCUAGCAGAGGAAGCCAACAGACUGAAGCGUCUAGACCGAGCUCACCUACUCUUAUUGAAGAUCAACGCCAAGAAGCGGAGAUCGAAAUGA